AUGCCGCGUAUCAAGGCCAUAACGACUGGCUCAAUCCCAUCUUUCCUCGAUGUCAUCCUCAAUUUUGAUGAAGGCGACACUUCAUCCACCCUCGCAGCCCAGGACACAUGGCUUGCCCAGAUGAAAGCUAAAAAGUCCGGCAAGAUGGUCAUGUAUGGAGAUGAUACAUGGCUCAAGUUGUUUCCUGACACCUUUGAUCGUGCCGAUGGCACGUCUAGUUUCUUCGUCUCGGACUUCACCGAGGUUGACAACAACGUCACGAGGCAUGUCCCAGACGAACUGCGUAACAAGGACUGGAGCACCAUGGUGCUUCACUAUCUGGGCCUCGACCAUAUCGGCCACAAAGCCGGGCCCUCCAGUCCCAACAUGAUCCCCAAGCAGCGAGAAAUGGACGCUUUGGUCAAGGAUAUCUACAACGCCAUCGAGGGCCAUGACCACCUCGCUUCAACUCUGCUUGUGCUGUGCGGUGAUCACGGAAUGAACGAUGCUGGCAACCACGGCGCAUCGUCGCCAGGGGAGACCUCGCCCGCCCUAGUGUUCAUCUCCCCCAAGCUGAGUGUCAUAUCCUCGAAUAUGAACCUUGAGUCGCCGGCUUCGUAUCGAGACGACUUUCACUACUACGGCAAGGUCGAGCAAUCCGACAUAGCUCCGACACUAGGCGCCUUACUCGGGUUCCCCGUGCCCAGGAACAACCUGGGGGCUCUGAUCCAGGAAUUUCUGCCUUUCUGGUCCAAGAGGGAUGACCAGAUACAACUACUUGUCCGGAACGCUCGUCAGAUCCUGACGAUUUUUGAAGCUACGUUUGGUGCCGAUCUCUUGGAGCAGAGCCAAGAUGAGAGUGCUUGUCGCGAUCCUGAGGAUGAACCCCUCGGACUAGCAUGCGAAUGGCAGCGCAUUGACACUCAGCGCCAGUCAUUCAAGGAUGACAGCCCAAUCGACUCACAGUGGGUGUCGGCAAUUUCCAAGUGGCUUGGCAGAGCCCAGGGCUUGAUGAGCAAUAUGGCGAGCAACUAUGACAUGCCUAGGCUCGUUGGAGGACAAGCAUUCAUUUUUGUAGCCCUCGUGUCAAACGCAUUGCUCCUCAAAGUCUGCUGGAGUCAUAUACCAUUCGUCAUCAUGACGAUUUCCUACGGUAUCAUGAUGUUUGCUAGUAGCUUCGUAGAAGAGGAGCAUCACUUCUGGUACUGGGCUACGUCGGCAUGGUUUGGUGGGCUUGGAAUCGUCCAGCUGCGAAACACCAAGAAACCGAUUUCAAGGGCCCUGCAGCUCUCGCUGGCUCUAUUGUCCACUCGCCUAGUGCGGGCGUGGAAUCAGACGGGCCAAAAGCAUGCCGGGGAGCCAGACAUUGUGAAAACGUUCUUGAUGGCAUCGCCGCUCACUCUCUGGGCCCUCGUCGGGGCCACAUACGCACUGCUGGGAAUUCCUUUGACAUUCAAGCUCGCCUUCACGCAUGAAGAUGCCCCGGAGCUUCUUGGGGGAUUCGUACACGACAUCAGCGCUGCAUUGCAAAGGCUCACACUGGUGACUCGUGCCCGGAUUGUGUUCCUAGAUCUUGCAGCAGUGGCUGCGUACGCUCUUUGCAAAUCGGUUGCGGAACCUAGCCGCGCCAGAGCCAUGGCCGAGCUGCUUCAUUAUCUAUAUGCCCUGCUCGCAGCGACGCAAUCACGCGUCACCAAUAUCCCCCUGUUGCUCCUCUUUGAGGUCCAGUAUACUUUCCUGGCCAGCCUGGAUCUUGAUAUCACCACCAUCUCAACCACGUCAAUACUCCUUCAGUACAUGUCCUUUUUCGCGUUUGGGGGCACCAAUGCCAUCUCAUCCGUUGACCUGUCCAGCGCCUACAACGGAGUCUCGGGUUUCAACGUGGUGGGUGUCGGUUUUCUGACCUUCAUCAGCAACUGGGCAGGGCCCGUAUACUGGACCUCAGCAACAAAUCUGCUUCUGCUGCAGAGGUCUCGGGGAAGACCUGGUCCAUCUGCACUGUUCCAACAUCUCACGAACGUCACGCUGUUUGCUACUUGCAGCGUCGCGUUCAUCAUGGCUGCAUGCACAGCUUUGCGGACGCACUUGUUCAUCUGGACCGUCUUUUCCCCAAAAUACCUCUACUGCAUGGCGUGGGGCAUCGGCCAGCACUUAUUCAUCAACAUCUUGCUGGCCAGCGGCCUGUAUUGGAUGGGCGCACCGUCAUGA